AUGGGUGUCAAAGUCGAUCCAGAUCUGUUUGGUUUUCAUUCGUGCGCUCCUCUUCGAACUCAGCCGAGGCAAUGUAAUUGGUCGAAGAGGAGUACUGGAUCCACCGCCACCACCACUGGAGAAGGAAUCUGCGAGCCUAUUAGCGGAAGAGAUAGCGGUGGCAGUGGGAGUUGCUCUUCCAAGAAGUAUAGGUGUGGGUAUUGGGAGUUGCAGCAGCAUAGGCGUAGUGUGGGCAGCAGCUUAGGCGUGGGUGGUGUGGGCAUUGGGAGUUGCAGCAGCAUAGGCGUGGGUGGUGUGGGCAUUGGGAGUUGUAGCAGCAUAGGCGUGGGUCUUGGCAGUGUGGGUUGUUGA